CCACAAGGGGGUACACAGCACGAAGAGAAGAAGCAAGCCUAGCUGCUUGUCAAAAAAAGGAGGCGGGUGUAAGGGCUGAGAGUGAAGCAUCCCAUGGCUCUGUAGCACUGACACUGACUGCCGAGGGACCCCCUGUGAGCUCUGUAUCUGAGCCCUCCUCUGCCUCAUCUCCACACUGAGGAAGAAAAGAGGCAGAAUCUCGUCUGAAGCCCAGAUUGUUUUAGCACAGGACGCUGUUACUGCAAAUAGAGAGGUGUUGAAAGACUGCAACAGAUCAGAAUGGAUGUGUUUAUGAAAGGCUUUUCCAAAGCAAAGGAAGGUGUGGUGGCUGCAGCCGAAAAGACUAAGCAAGGGGUAGCAGAGGCUGCAGAGAAAACCAAGGAAGGUGUCCUUUAUGUGGGGAACAAAACCCGAGAUGGUGUGGUGCAAGGAGUGACUUCAGUUGCUGAAAAGACCAAAGAGCAGGCAUCCCACCUUGGGGGAGCCGUCAUGUCUGGGGCUGGGAACAUCGCUGCAGCUACUGGACUGGUGAAAAAGGAUGAGUUCCCUACAGACCUCAAGCCUGAAGAAGAAGCCCAAGAAGCUUUGGAAGAACCUGCAGCUGAGCCACUCUUGGAACCUGAAGGGGAGAGCUAUGAAGACCCACAGGAUGAUUACCAGGAAUAUGAACCUGAAGCAUAACAACCCCAUAUUUUGGGUCCCUCCACCAGCAACAUCAGCACAACGAUCGCUAUAAUGAAAAAUAAAAUAAAAACAAAGUUCCUUUUUCCUACGCCCUCCUACUUCCUUUCAAAAGAAGCCCAUCUCCCUCUUCUCCUAAGAAGUGACUUCUUCCUUCAGUCACCUGCAGAGAACCUCGUGUGAAGUGAUUUUAUGUAUGGUAACCCUUAGCAUUGUCAUAGUCCAAUCAAAAAUGGUUGUUUAAAACAAAGAAAAAAAAAAGAAUCCCUUGAUAAUGUAUGAAAAUCAUGAAUGCACUGUUACUGUCUUUUGAAGUCCUUUUGCCCCCGAGGAAUUAUUUCUGCUUCCCUCCCAGAGAAUAAUUGUCGGGGGUUCAGUGAAUUUUGUGUCUCAAAUUUAUUUUGUAAGUUGUUUUUUUUCUCGUUUGUUCUGACGUAAUAGCUGAUUCUGUGCCAGGGGGGCCUGCAACUCCCUGCACCUGGCCCAGCUAAUGCUACAGCCUGUCUACCUUCAUAAAAUAAGCAUGUUUUAUCUUUUUAUAUACAUAUGGUGCACCAACACCACCAAAAACUACUUUUCUGUUUAACUUCUCAUUUGCCAAGAAUUUGCACAAGGCGCAUCUUUUGGGCAUUUGUGGACUUAGACUGGAAACCAAAAAAAUUUAGUUGUGGAUGACUGACCUUUGACAUAGUUAAAUCAGUGUUAUAAUGUGACAGUUCUCUCUCUUUUUUUGCUGUUGUUUUUAUACAUAUAUACAUAUCUACAAAUAUAUAUCUGGUUUAACUUAUUUGUGACUGUUCUGUAAAGCAGAGAGAAAUCUGUGAGAAUCCAUACAGAAUCUUUUGAAUGUUCUUGUGUUCCAAAUAAUUUUGCAAAACGAAUUAAAAAAGAAAAAGGAUAAACCAAA